AUGAAGUUUUCAACGGCUAUUGGCACUCUUACCACAGCCGCCUUAAUGGCACUUGCUCGUGCUUCCGACCUGCCCUCUAUUGAGGUUGUUGGCAACAAGUUUUUUUACUCCAACAACGGUUCGCAAUUCUAUAUUAAAGGUGUCGCUUACCAGUCCAACUCUUUGGUCAACGUGACCUCCAGUCAGACUUUCUCAGACCCUCUGGCUGAUGGCGACGCUUGCAAGCGUGAUAUUCCUUACCUGCUUGAACUCAGCACCAACGUGGUUCGUGUCUACGCCAUCAACACUUCGCUCGACCACUCGUCGUGUAUGCAGCAGUUCAGCGACGCUGGUAUUUAUGUCAUUGCUGAUCUUUCUGAGCCCGGUCUCUCCAUUAACCGUGACGCUCCCUCUUGGGACGUGUCUUUGUACACCCGCUACACCGAGGCUGUUGACGCGUUGGCCAACUACUCCAACGUCCUCGGUUUCUUCGCUGGUAAUGAGGUUGUUAAUGCUGUCAACAACACCGAUGCUGCUCCUUUUGUCAAGGCUGCUAUCCGUGAUACUAAGGCUUACAUCAAGUCCAAAAACUACCGUAACAUCCCCGUCGGUUAUGCUGCCACUGAUGAUGCUGGUCCCCGUGUUCCCGAGGCUGAGUACUUUGCCUGUGGUGACGAAAGCGAGCGGGCUGAUUUCUUCGGUCUCAACAUUUAUGAGUGGUGCGGUGACUCUAGCUACGAACAGUCUGGUUACGCUGCCCGCACUAAGGACUACUCGAACCUUGGUAUUCCACUGUUCUUCUCUGAGUAUGGCUGCAAUGCCGUACAGCCCCGCAAAUUCACAGAGGUCAAGGCUCUUUACGGUCCCAACAUGACCGAUGUCUGGUCUGGUGGUAUUGUGUACAUGUACUUCCAGGAGGUGAAUGACUACGGUUUGGUUACCAUUGGUAGCGACGACAAGGUCACCACUUUGGUCGACUUUGGAUACCUGUCCAGCGAGCUGGCCAGCAUUUCUCCUACCAGUGCUUCCUCCAGCUCUAUCACUGCCACCUCCAGCGUCGACUGCCCCGCCUCCACUCUUACCAACUGGAACGCUGCUACCGUUCUGCCUCCCUCGCCUAAUGCUGACGUCUGCAGCUGCUUGGACAGUGGUGCUGCUUGUGCUAUCAAGAACAGCGUUUCUGACGAGGACUACGAGGAUAUUUUCGGUUACAUCUGCAGUGCCUCCCCUGCUGCCUGCGCGGGUAUCGCCAAGAACGGUAGCACUGGUGUCUACGGUUCGUUUGCUGGUUGCAACCCCAAGGAGCAGCUCAACUGGGUCAUGAACGCCUACUACUCCGCCAACGGCAAGGCCGCAAGCGCCUGCGACUUCAGCGGUUCUGGUACCGUUGUCAGCCCCUCCACUAACUCUGCAUGCAAGGCCGUUUUCUCCCAGGCCGGCUCUUCUGCCACUGGUAGCUUGACCAACGGCGCUGCCAUUGGCGACAUUGUUACUGCUGCUGCUGGCUCCGGUUCCGGCUCUGGCGCCAAUAAUGUUCAGGCCACCGGCUCCGGCUCCGGCUCCGGCUCCGGCUCUGGCAAGUCUUCCGGCAAGUCCGGCAGCUCUUCUGGUUCUGCUUCUGGCUCCUCCAGCGCUUCUUCUUCUUCCUCCAAGAAGAACGCCGCCGUCUCUAACAAAAUGCCUGUUGCUGCCGGUCUGUUGGCCGCCGCUGGCGCUAUUGUGAUGGCCGGUGUCUUCUAA